AUGAUUGACACGCCCAGCGGACCAUAUCCUUUCGGCGAACAUGAUGCUGAAAACAAACAUAAUCUCUUAGCAAAGCUCCCCCCGACGGAGUACUGUAACCAACUAAAGGAUCUUUAUUUCCAGUCAAUUGCGCCCCUGUUUCCUAUCUUACAUAGCCCUACGUUCCACGAACGGUAUCGUCGAUUUUCCAAGGAUCCAGAUCAGGCUUCACUAGCAUGGCUUGCUCUCCUCUUUACUAUCCUGGGUACGGCUGUCCUCGCACUGGAAAACGACAGCCCUCUGCUUAAGACUCUCAGCCGCAAACUUACCCCUUGGGAUCGAGUCACAGAGCUCUCGGAGCGGUAUUAUACCGCAGCGAUGAAAUGCCUCGAAGCAGAUCGCUAUCUCUGGCGCCAUAACGUUUCUACAGUGCAGGCACUGCUAAACCUUAUCUAUGGGAUUCACCAUAGCCAUGGCCAAACAUGGACUCUUCUGGGGCUGGUUUAUCACCUGGCGCUCUCGAUCGGUUGUCACGUUGACCCGGCCACGUUUUCCUUGGAUAUUGUCGAAGCCGAGGAGCGUCGUCGCUGUUGGCUAGGCCUGGUCACGCUGCUCUGUAACCAAAAUAUGGCCAUUACUGGGUUAGACAUCUACCAGUCAGUGUUCUCGUCGCGUGUCCUGCCCCCAGCCGAGGUGUGCGAUGAGGAUGUCGUCCAGGGACAACCAGGGCCGAUUGCAACCUCGGUAGGCAUCAAUCCCAUCUCGUAUCUGAUCCGAAAAUCUCGCCUCUUUCAGAUAUCGUCGGAGAUCUGUGAUCCUGUUUUGGCUGCACGGGAUCCGACAGCCCCCCUCCAACGUCUGGACGCGGCCAUCCGAGCAGAGUUAGAUCCACUAGAGGAGAGUUACGCCUCAAUGCUUAGGAGCAACUCUUCGGUUAUUCAUACCAAUCUGCUGCUCAGUUUUGCCCAUCAUCUGGUCCUCAUCCUCCAUAGUAAUAUACUGAAUGAAGGGACCUUUUGUCUACCGCAGCAUAGCUGGUCGAAACAGCGCUGUAUGAAAAGUGCACAGCGCGUCCUGGAACUACAUGCCGACUUCCAUCGACUGCCCCAAUUCAAGCCCUUCUACUGGUAUAUCCGUGGCCGGGGUGCUUUUCAUGCUUUUCAUGCUGCUUUCGUCUUGGUGCUUGCCCUUUCUAUAGAGCCCCAAGAGCCUUGUACAUCGAAUAUGGUGCGGCUGCUGCACGAGUGCCAUUCUCGGCUCGAGGCGUCAAAGGCGCAAAGUCAGCUGUGCACCCGGACAGCAACGAUUCUCGGCCAGAUGCUGUCUAGCAAGUGGAUGACUGCCUCGGGACUGGUACCGGAUGGACUACAAAGUGCAGUAUCGCAGGGCUCCAAGUCAAAUAGCCAGAUGAAUUCCAUCGGCCAGCCCGCAGAUCUUAGUAAUGGCCAUGCAUUCACCUCGGAGGGUGUCGGGUUCCCCAGUCUAGUUCGGCAGAUUGAGCCGCAGCAAUGGAUCAACCCAGUGAACAUGGAUUGGGACCAGUGGGAUUUUAUUAUGAAUUCAAUGGGAACUACAUCUUGA